AUGGGUUUUCAACUCAGAAACCACAACCGCGAUGUUACUGCUCGUUCCUCAUCCCCUCACUGGAAGCCCGUUGUGACGGGGAGGCUGCCGGCGAGCUUGUUCGCCGGGAAGAAGUACGAGGUGGUGUGGUUGGUGAAGUUCAGGGUGGACGCAUUCGGGUGGCACUCUGUUUCGGUGAAGUUCAAGGUCAGGCAGAGCAACGAAGGGGAGGAGAAGGUGAGGAGCGUGGUGGUGGAGCCUUACCUGCAGAAGCAUAAGGUGUGGCAUGAAAUCUUCGGCGGGGAGUUCACGGUGCAGGCGGCUGGUGGGGUGGUGGAGUUUGGGAUGUAUGAGAUUGAAACCAAGUGGUGGAAGGGUUGCAUGGUUCUUGCCGGCGUCAAGAUUCGGCCUAAACCUUAG